GCAAAGACGUGCACGAUAUGGGAGACACUUUGCUGUAUAGGUAAAGAAUUUGAAUGCGCUCUCAUUUUUAUCCUACACUACGCCAGGCAUGGGCAAAAGUGGCUCUCGGGAGCCACGGCCUUGACCGCGAGGUAAGGUGGGGAUACUUGAAGCUAUGUAACGUACAGAUGCGUAUCUACAUUUACGAAUAGUGGGAAGAGCGACUAGUAUGGGGAAAAAUGUGUUGCAAAGUACGCAAACGAUAUUCGGAUGUACUCUUUUUAUAGAUUAUUUAGACCAUGGUUGUUCAUCCAUUUUAUCUUCUCCCUUACACCUGUAGGAAUGCUACAAUCUAGACUGAUUAAAAUAUUACAUGGCUUUACAAAACAGAUCAUUAAGGAACGUAAGGAGUACCACGAUAAGACCAACGGUCGCUAUCUAGCUGAUUUCAGUGACAAAGCGAAUGAAGACACUGAUGAUAUGACAUGCAACCUUCGCAGAAAGAGGCUUGCCAUGCUCGAUUUACUUUUAUCGGCACAUCGACACAAUCUAAUAGACGAAGAAGGUAUUAGAGAAGAAGUCGAUACGUUUAUGUUUAGGGGACACGAUACGACGGCUAUAUCCAUUUGUUUCACUAUAAUGCUUUUGGCGGAACACCCACAGAUUCAGGAUCGAGCCAGGGCUGAAGUGAAAAAGAUAAUGGAACCGAGCAACGGAAAGCUAAGUAUGUCCGAUCUUCAAAAAUUACCGUAUCUCGAAAUGUGCAUCAAGGAGUCGCUAAGACUUUAUCCAAGCGUGCCUUUGAUAUCUCGUGCUCCAGAAGAGGACGUGACGUUAAGUAAUUAUCUGGUACCUGCCCACACUACGGUGACCGUGCACAUAUAUGAUACUCACAGAGACCCGAAGUUCUGGCCAAAUCCGGACGUCUUUGAUCCGGAACGCUUCACACCUGAAAAUUGUCAUGGACGACACCCGUACUCGUACAUACCUUUCAGCGCCGGUCCUAGGAAUUGUAUCGGGCAAAAAUUCGCCAUGUUGGAACUGAAAGCAACUCUGGCAUACCUCUUGUUUAAUUUCAUUUUCGAGCCUGUAGAUUAUCUUAAAGACGUCAUUUUUGUACCAGACCUUAUCAUACAAUCGGCACAUUCUUUUCGAACUAAGUUUAUUCCGCUGCAGGUCGUCGGUUGAUAUACGUCAGGACAUGUUGAGUAGUUGGAACAAGAUUUGCAAAGGUGACGAUCACUUUUAAUAGAUGAAAUAGAAAAAGAAUGUACAGAUACAGAAUUUACAUUCCUAACCGACAAAAGUUCGCUAGAUAAAAUGUUAAUCGUGUUGUAAAAUAUGAAUUAAAAAUAAAGACGAUAUACACUUA